AUGACAUUCACUUGCACUGUGACGGAUUGCGGUCACCGCUCCUCGCAUCAGUUUACUCGGAGAAGUUAUGAAAAGGGGAUUGUGAUUGUUCAGUGUCCAGGGUGCCAAAAUAGACAUCUCAUAGCUGACCACCUUGCCUGGUUUAAAGAGAGCAUGGAAGAGGGUAAACUCAAAACAGUCGAGGAUCUCAUGCGGUCGAAGGGAGAGAAGGUCAGACGAGGAGUGCUGAAUGCCGAAGGUGUUGUGGAGUAUGCACCAGAGUAG